GAUCUCUUGGUCGCCCUUGCUAUGAAGAGGUUCCCGAACAUUUGGAAUAACGAUGCGUUCACAAUUAGGGACAUGUUUGGCACUGACUUGGACGUGGCCCAACUGAAGAUAAUAUCGGAUGCCCUCUACACAAAGGACCCGAAGAAGACAGUGACGCUCAUUCGGGAGGGAGUCUUCGCGGUGGAUCGGGACCCCAGGAACGAUCGUGGUGACGAGGGCUCCAUCGACGAUAGGGCAGCGUCUGUGUGGAAGCACGGCAUCAUGGAGGUUCGGGCGCCGCCUACUCUCAUUGAGCCGCCAGAAGGAGAUGACACCGCAGUGGGGGAGCGCUUCAUGGCGCUGGACUGGGCCACCCUCAUUGAAGGGGCUAAGCAAUGCUAUGCCCGCCCUGACUUCAACACGAACAAGAUGUUGGUGGAGUCGCUCUCUAAGCCCAUAAUGGGCUGCAGGCUUCUCUUCAAGGACACGCCUGAUGCGGUGUGCAAGUUUUACGUCGACUACAAGAACGAGGUCAACACCGAGGCGACGGCGACGACCUAUUUACAGGUAUGCAGGUCCACUCGCGAUGUCGUGGCGCGCUACAAGGUGGAGAACCCUGGUGCGACUGUUGCUUCUGUGGGUGGCCAGAACAAGUACAACGUCGCUAGAUUUAAGGUUGCCGAGAAGAUCCACCCUGGUCGCUGGCCGAACCCCACGGCGCUGACCACUAUGAUCAGUUUCUUCGACGAGUCCAAGAAAUACACGGUCGACGCGGCCGCGAAGGUCAGCGUGUGGGAUGACUUCGUAUCUUUCUCCCAGAAGCGCGUCGAAUUCAAGCACCCUUUUGCCCAGCAGCAUUCCGAAGUGUUCGGCGUAGUGAAGCUAGUUUUCUCGAGGCUCAAGCAUGACCACCCCGACAUGAUCACGAGCGUGCUGGCAUUCGGGUUGCCCCUCAAAAAACGCGCGGGGGCUUCCGCGAUUUGUGAGGGCGUGGACCGCAUCAAGAUCACGGAUGACAUGAUGCUGCGCUUGUUGUCGAAGCAGCAGCAAGCAGUUCCCGACAUGGGCGCGCCCAGCUUCCAGUUCGACGCCGACGAGGCCGACUGCGACGCGCUUGACCAUUGGAAGCACACCGUUGACAGAUUGGUGAGUAUCGACAGCCGCCAGGAGGACGGCAUCCGCAGCAUGAUGUCCAUCGGCCUUUACAUGAUCAUGGCCAACACGACGUCAGUCGAGCUCCUAGUUGAUGGAAAGGUCAAGAAGGUUAAAGGUUGGACUGAGCUUGUUCGAUGGGCCAAACUCCACGUAUACAAGAUGGCCAAGUUGGCACCUCGCGUGUCAGACCCAGACUUGGUCGAUGGCGGCGACGCGGUGGACGGCAACAAGGCGAUCGCCGACCGCGGGUGGGACAUGGACCGCGUGUCUGAGUUCUUCGAGGCGGAGUCGGGCACUGCGUCCAAGAUCGUUGAGUUCCUCGCGGCGAACAUGGACGCGGCUACAGGAACUGCUGGCGACCUGCCCACAAAUCAGAAGGAGGCAACUGUGUAUUUCAUGACGGCCUCGGCCAAGUGUAUCGAGGACGUUGUCCCUGAUGCGUGGAUUCGCGUGGCCGUCGUUUUCGGAGAGAUCAAGACCGCCCUUGGAAGCAAGCUGAUCAUUCCGAGGAACAGCCCCUGGGAAAAAAUGUCCGAUGGAACUGAAGUCGCGUUGAAGUGCGUGAAGUUCGGCUCCCUCAUGCACGUGGCGACGUGCAUCGGGCACCAGUCGUGCAUCAUCUCGCCGCCGAGUGAUAGCCGAGAUGGCAAGCAACCUUUUCACGGCCCGCUGGUCCAGCCAUGGGCCCAGAGGGCGUCGGGCGCCAUCAGAGACUCCGUCGACACCAGCAAACUCGGCCACGCGACUGGGAGUGCAAGCUUUUCGCAGCUGCCAGGCCCGAAGGUGACCCUCGAGCUGUUCGCCGACGGCCGCUCUUUCGUUGACAUCGCAAACAUGUUCGGGCAAGUCGUCCAUUCGCUGUGCGACCACAUCCAGCUUCACGACGCCAACGGCUACGAGGCCUCGAAGGCGGAGCUCUUGAAGUCAUUGCACUCCGCGUCCCGAGAUGAGGCCAUCGCCAUCGUGAAGGCGACGCGCGGCUUGGACAACAUUGACCUCCCUGCCAACUUCAUCACGUUCAGGAACGACUUCGUUCGCAAGGCCGAAAAGCUUUACGAUGCCAGCCACCAGGAGAUCAUCUUGACUAGGGCACUGCUUGGACCUGAGUGCGGCGCUGUUGUGUUGGAGAAGUUGGCGGGCCACGUCGAGACGGAGAGGCAGCGGGCGGCGGCGGUUGCUGUCAAGGGCCCCGCCCAUGCAGCCAGCACAGCUGGCGGCGAUGGCAAAUGUCUGCCAAGAACACCCCCUCUUACGCUCAAAGCUUCGAUGCUGAAAGCGAUCGAUACGGAACUCAAGGACGCCGACGUUGCCAAGAACAUCGUGUGCGCGCACGCUCGGGAGAUCAUGGGGAAGCUGCAGGUCGCCAUCAAUGAGAACAUGACGAGCAUCCCUUACAAGGACGACAUGUACGACAAUAUCAGCAUCACCGUGGAGGAGAAGUCGACGAAGGGCGGUGCCAUGGCAAGUGUCGCUUUCGAGAGCGCGCCACCUCAGAAGUCCAAGUCGGAGGUGAUGUAUUACUGGGGCAGGGUGGUGGACGACAGGGAUGUGAAGAAUCUGAAGAAAGAGCUCGCGAUGCCCCUCGGCAACGGGAUCGUCGGCUCAAAGGGCACGCGCGGCCCCGAGCUCUACCUCGACGGCACGAAGUUCAUGAACCACUUGAGGUCCGAUUUCUGCUGCCCCUGGCUCAUCGUUCCGACGGCACCUCCAAAGAACGUCACUCCGACCGCAAAAGACACGGACGACACCCUUGAGCGGAAGAGGGCAGCCGCUGCCGCGGCUGUGCCGUUGCCGACUCACGAGGUCAACUACAAGGAGAUCCAGAUCACUGCCAAGGACCAUGCCGGCAUCCAGUGCACGUACCACUACACCAUUCCCUUCCUGAAGACGCUGGAAGACGUCACGCCCCUGAUGAAAUGCACCCGCAAGCGCAUGGCCGACUGGGACGACUCGAAGUUCUCCAAGGCUCCGCGGAAGGAUCCGCAG